AUGGCGUCUCCUCGUUGCGCUGCUCGCUCGUCGCCGCCUGCCGUGGCGGCUGCCGCGCUCUGCCUGCUCGCCCUCGCCGUGCUCGCCGGCUCCGCUGCUGGCGCUGAUCCCGUCACUGGCGUCACCCCCGACAAGGAGGUGGCGGCGAUGCAUGCGAUCCGCGACGCGUUGGGCGUGGACGCGGUGCAGACGUGGCUGCCCGGCUGGGGCGACGCGGGGGACAUCUGCGGGCCGCUGGGGUGGGCGCCCGAGGUCAUGUGCGACCAGACGCCCGAUGGCAACUACACCAUCGUCGGCAUCUCCCUAUCGGGCGCCAUGAGAGGCACGCUCAGUCCGCUCAUCGCCGACCUCGACAACCUCCACCACCUGAAGUUCUACAGCGUGGGGCUGAAGAAGGAGGGCCUGGUGGACACGCUCCUGACCCUCACGCAGCUCGACUCGCUGGAGAUCUACAACGUGGCGCUGGGCAUCACCACGGACGAGCUCGACCUCUCCAAAUUCGCCAACCUCCAAAGCCUCACGCUGCGCAAUGUGAUGCUCAGUGGCCCUGUCGCCAAGCUCAACCUGCCGUCGCUCACCAACCUGCAAUACCUGGACCUGGCGCAGAACCAGCUGACGGGCGAGCUGCCCAAGGGGCUCUCCAACAUCGCCCACAUUGACCUCUCCUCGAACCAGCUCUCAGGAGUGCUGCCCAGAGACCUCAUCUCCUCGCCCAACGUCCAGGACAUAGUGCUCUACAACAACCGGCUCGAGGGCGCCCUGCCGGACGUCUUUGCCGCUGCCGAGAAGCUUCAGCAGCUGGACCUCUCCCAGAACAAGCUGGUCGGCUCCCUCCCUCCUUCACUCGCCGAGCUGCCCAGUCUCUAUUACAUUGACCUGAGCAGCAACUCCUUCCGUGGCAAGAUGCCGCGCUUCUUUGCUGCCUGCACCGUCACCAACACCAGCGCCUUCCUCAACCUGACGAGCAACAAGCUCACGGGCGGCAUUCCCAACAGCCUGGGCCUCUACGCCAACCGCAACACCGUGCGCCUCACUGUCGACCUGUCAAGCAACCAGCUGCAGGGCGCCGUGCCCACGAGUCUGCUGGUAGCAGACACGUUCUUCUACGACCACAACGACGGCCUCUGUGACGCACCCUACCUCCCCAUGUGCGGCCCUGACGGCAAGCCCGUUGCUGCUGAUGCCACUGAUCCCACUACUGCUGCUCUUCUCUCGCUCGUUCAGAAUCGCACUGCUGCCGACGACGAGCCCAUGCCUGAUGGGUCCACAGCUGCUGACUUCACCACGCCCACUCCCACCCAGCCCACCACUCCCACCACUGACACCGCCACGCCUGCUGACGCUGAUCCUGCAGCUGAGCCUGCUGUUGUGGCGAAGCCCGCUGCCACGGCUGAGCCGGCUGCCCCCGCCCCCCAGCUGACCUGCAACUGCGAGCAGCUGUCCGCGGGUGUCAUAUUCGGCAUUGCCUUCGGCGCUGCGGUGCUGGCGGCUGUGCUGGUGGCUGCGGUGGUGCUGACGUGGCUGCACUAUGGCAAUGCGCGCGCGGCGGCGCGUGUGGAGGGCGCUGGGUUCCUGUUUGCCCAUGGGGAGAAGGUGCAUGGUGCUGUCAAGGAUGUGGAGAAUCCGCCCCCCAUGGGGAGCUUCAACGAGCGGGACCAGCCUCGCGCGCCCGACGUACCCUCCGCGCCUUCCUCCAUGCUGCUCCCCUCCGCGCCCUCCCCCACUUCCGUCAACGCAAUUGGCCGAUCGCGCUCCCUCACAAACUCCUCUUCCGCCUCCCUCGUCGUUGCCUCUGUUCUCUCCGCAUCCCGCUCCCCCCUCCCCUCUUUCCCGCGCCAAUCCUCCACUUCCUCCACGUCCCCCUGCCGCGCCUUGCGCCCGUCGCCCCCCGCCGCGCGCGGAAGCGGCGCCGGGCGGGGGGAAGACCCUUCCGCGGAGGUCUCCCGCGAGUUCCCCAACGGCGACUCGUACCGCGGGCAGUGGGGGGCGGCGUGGGACGUGCCGCACGGCGCGGGGUGCUACGUGUGGGCGGACGGGAGCGUGUACGAGGGGGAGUGGGCGCGCGGGGAGAAGCACGGGCAGGGGCUGUUCGUGUGGCCGUCGGGCGCGCGCUACAAGGGCGAGUGGGCGCGCGGGCAGAUGCAGGGCGUGGGGAGCUACUGGGGCGCGGACGGGUCGUUUUACACGGGGAACUGGGCGGGGGGAGUCAAGCACGGGCUAGGGCGCAAGCUCUACCCUAACGGGGACCGUUACGAGGGCUUCUGGUCGUUCGGCGCGGCGCACGGGCCGGGGCGGUACGUGUGGGCGAACGGGAACGAGUAUUUCGGCGAGUGGGAGGGGGGGACGAUGAGCGGGUGCGGCACUUUCACGUGGGCGAGCGGCGAGCGGUACGAGGGCGAAUGGGAGGAGGGCGUGGAGCACGGCGUGGGCGUGUUCGCGUGGCGCGACGGUAGCCGUUAUGAGGGUACGUGGAGCCGCGGGCUUAAGGACGGUAAGGGCGUGUUCUACCCCGCUGGGUGCGCGCGUGGCGCAGGGGACGCUGGGGAGAGGGGGGAAAGGGAGGCGGGGACGGGGGAGGAGAGGGAUGGGGAUGAGGGGGAGGAGGAAGAGGGGGAGGAGGCGGAGGAGGAGGAGGAGGAGGAGGAGGAGGAGGAGGGGGAUGUUGAUGGGGACGGGGAGGGAGCGGAGGAGGAAGAGGAUGAGGAGGAGGGAUGGGGAUUGGAAGGCGAGGAGAAAGGGGAGGAGAUGGGGGGAGAGGCAGGGCAAGGGGGUGCAGUGGGAAACAGUGCUGCUGCAGUUGCAAUUAUUAACGGGUGCAGUCCUGAUGACGUUGAUGGUGCUCUGGCGGCCGUUGCAGCACCAACGGCAGUGGCAGCGGCGUCAGGGGCGAGUGUGGCGGGUGCAAGUGCGGGGGAAAGGGCUGCUGCGGGGCAGGCAGCACCUGGCGCCAUGCUGCUGUCCAAGCAGGCUCCAGACCUAAGCUCAGGCUCGUUCAAUGCUGGCUCGGCGAGCUCAGGUUCGGGGAGGCUGGCUCGGAGGGGCGGUGCAGCAGCAGCAACAGGGGGAGGGGGAGGUACAGGGGGGGUGAAGGGCGUGCAGAGGUUGUUACAGAAGCGGCUUACAGCGGGGACGAGGGCGCUGGAGGUGGCAUUGGGGCCGACGGGGAGUGUGUACCUGGCGGCUGACGCUGUUCCCGCCAUGCCCCGCCCUGACUCCUCCUCGCUUGGCCGCGGAGAGGGCAGGCCAAGCGCGCGGGAGGGCAGGCCAAGCGCGCGGGAGGGGGAAGGUGGUGUGGAGAAAGGGGCAGAGAGGAGGGAGGGGGGUGUGGAGGGAAGGGAGGGAGUUGGGGUGAGGGAGGAGAGGGAGAGGGAGGGAAGGGAGGGAGUUGGGGUGAGGGAGGAGAGGGAGAGGGAGGGAAGGGAGGAAAGGGUGGUGAUUGCGAUGGGGGGAAGGUCAAGAGGGGAAGGCAGGGGCGAGAAGGUUGAGGGAGAAGGGAGUAAGGGCGGCGGGCAGGCCAGCACGGGCAGGGCAGUGAUUGACGCGGACACGUGGCGGCCGCUCAUUGGCAGCGGUGCGGAGAGCAGCCAAUGGGAAGGAAGCAGCGGUGAAGCGGCAGUGGUGGGUGGGAGAGAGGCAGCGGGAAGUGGUGCAGAGAGGGAAUUGGAAAUGGGCAUGGUAAGCGGGGCGAGGGGGGUGAGGGAGAAGGCGGAUAGAGAGCCAUGGGAGAACGGGGCAGACGGGGGAUAUCACAGAUUUCCCCCCCACCCUCUCACCUUCGCCACCAUGCCCUCCCCCCGCCCUGCUGCUGCUGCCAACGUGGGACCUGCCGCAUUCAACUCAGCAGGUGCUGCUGCCAGCUCAGCAGCCGUAGCUGCCAGCUCAACAGCGAGUGGGGCGUCAGCAGUGGCGACGGGGGCAGGUGGGGCGGAGGGGGUAAGGUCACCGCGGGCUAUCACGCGCGCUCUGACCAUGGGCCCUGUGCCGGGGCGAGGCCAGCAGUAUGCUGAGGGGGAGGCGCGCAGUGGAAGGGAUUGUGGGGCGCAGGAGGCAAGGGAGGAGGGCGGAGAGAUGGAGGUGACGAGUGGGGAGCAGUCAGGAGAGGCAGCGGUGCUGCGAUCAAACGGGGGAGGCGAGGGCGGUGCGUGUGAGGUGCAUGGCGAUGGCUCAGAGCAGAUGCGUGCCCCUCCACACUCGCCACGCUCACACAUGCACCAUCAUGCGCCAAGGGGCGCGGAUGGGGGAGUGCAAGAAGGAGGACCCGGGGGAGGGGGAGGGGGAGGGGGAGGCCAUGGGGAAGGGGGAGUGCAAGGGCACGGGCGCGCGGAGGGGAGGAGGCGGGGGCGGGGGCGGGGGAAGGGGUACAGCAUGGGGCAGGUGGCAGCAGUAGAGGCGGUGGAGGAUGCAGUGAUGGUGAGGGAGUACGUGCACGGCAUGCUCGUUGCACAGCAGCCCCUCUCCUCCCACUCCCACCCCCCGGAGGAUGCAGUGAUGGUGAGGGAGUAUGUGCACGGCGUGCUGGUGGUGCAACAGCCCCUCUCCUCCCACUCCCACCCCCCGGUAAGCCUGCUCCCUGCUUUCUGUUUGUGUGCUGCCAUGCCUGUGCCUGUGGCAGUGUGUGUGGUGGAGGUGUGGUGGGCGAGGAUGCAGCGGUGGCACGUGCCGAGGGGCAGGGAGGGCAAGAGGGCUGGCGAGCUGAUCUACAAGGGCCACCGCAGCUACCUGCUCAUGCGCACGCUGCAGCUCGGCCUCCGGUACAGUGUGGGGAGGAUCACGCCAGACGCGCAGAGGGACGUGGGCCCGGCGGACUUCUCCCACUGCCCGGCUGUGCGCUUCCCCCCGGCCGGCUCACCCACCACACCGCCGCACUCCAUGCACGCCUUCAAGUGGCGCGACUACUGCCCCGCCGCCUUCAGGGCACUGCGCGCCAUGUUUGGCAUAGACCCGGGAGACUAUAUGGUGUCGCUGUGCGGGGACGACGCGCUGAGGGAGCUGAGCAGUCCGGGCAAGUCAGGCAGCGUCUUCUUCCUCUCGCACGACGACCGCUUCCUCAUCAAAACCAUGCGCAGCUCCGAGCUGCAGGUGCUCCUGCGCAUGCUCCCCGCCUACUACCGCCACGUGAAGCACAACCCACACACGCUGCUCACCAAGUUCUUCGGGCUGCACGCAAUCAAGAUCUACCACACCGCCUCCUCGCGCACCACCUCCCGCCUGGCCGCCAAGGCGGGCGGGCGCGAGUCAGUCAUCCGCUUCGUGGUGAUGGCCAACCUGCUGGUGUCGCCGCUGCGCGUGCACCGGCGCUUCGACCUCAAGGGGUCGUCGCAGGGGCGCAGCACGGGCAAGGUGGCCGUGGAUGACACCACCACUCUCAAGGACCUUGAUCUCGACCUUGCGUUUCUGCUCCACCCGCCCUGGCGUCCCCUGCUGCUGCAGCAGAUAGCAGCAGACUGUGCGUUCCUGGAGCAGCAGCACAUAAUGGAUUACAGCCUGCUGCUGGGGGUGCACUUCAAGGCCACAGGACCCCCGCCCGCCCCCAUCGUCACCAUCACCGAUGCACACCUUGACGGCCCAAGCCCCGUCUCUGUCCAACCCGCCGCAGCACCGCAUGGGAGCAGUGCCACUGCUGUCAGCACCAUGUCUGCAGAGAGGGAGCAAGGGCUCGUGGGCCAAGCAGGUGCAGCGGGCGGGCAGAGUGAGGUGCGGGAUGGGGGAGGCGGGGAGGACACGCAGCAGCCCCAGCAGGGCCAACAGGCGGCAUGUGAGAGUGACGCGGCUGCAGCCUCACGAAGGCUGAAUGUUCCCCCGCCCCUGCACCAGCUGAGGAGGCGUCUAUUCCGCCCAUGGCAACGCAUUCUCACGGACUCUCCCUCUCCUCUGCAGAGAUCUCUGGGGGACCCUGGCCGAGGAGGCACAUCAUCCUCUCACACCUCCCCUUCUCACGCCUCCCCCUCUCACACCUCCCCUUCUCACGCCUCCCCCUCUCACACCUCCCCUUCUUACGCCUCCCCCUCUCACGCCUCCUCUUCUCACACCUCCCCCUCCCACACAUCACCAUCCCAUGCCGGUGCCACGGCUGCUACUACUGCCACCACUGCCUCUCCAGCCGCUGCUGCCACCACCCGUGCCGCCACAGUGCGGCACUUCUUCCCGCGCUCGCUCACGGCAGGCAGCGGCGGCAGCAGCCCACUGCACCUGCUGGCGCCCUCCUUCCCCCACUCGCACUCCCUCACCACCGACGAGAGCAGCGUGGACGAGGGUAGUGCGGAGGGGAGUAGCAGCUGUGGCGUGGUGGAGGGGGACGGGAGGGCAUGCAGUGACGAGGAGGCGUUGGGCCCAGCUGAUGAUCGCGCUGGUGAUGGUGCUGCUGCUAGUGGCCAGGAUGGGUGCACGUAUCCCUCUCCGCCUCUCUCCUCCUCCCCCUCCCCUUGUGCUGUGGGUGCGGGAGCAAGGGCGGCAACUGGGACAGACGGCAAGAGUGCAGGUGCAGCAGGGGCGGUGGUGGGGCAGGCUUCACCAGGGGAGAAAACAGCCGGACGUGGAGGAGGAGCAGUGGCAGCAGCAGCAGGACGGGGAGGAGGGGGAGGGGGGGGGAAGGGGAGGGGGGUGGUGGGGCAGCUGUUGGGGCAGGGCAUGGGGGGCACGGCAGUGAGGGUGGACAGGCGCACUCGCAGGGCCGUGCAGGACCCGCUGCUGGGGGAGGCGUAUGAGGUGCUGCUGCACUUCGGUAUCAUCGACAUCCUGCAGGAGUACGAUGUGGGCAAGCGUGUGGAGCAGGUGUACAAGAGCCUGCAGUAUGAGCAACCUCUCCCCUUGCUCUGCUUCCUAUCUCGCCCAACCCCACCAUCCCCACGUGCAGGAGUAUGA